AUGACUCUGAUGAUUUUUUUGGUAAUGUUGAUCAUGGAAUCUGCCACUGAGAAGCUGUGCCCCCUUCGUGCCUCCAUUGAUGUUCUAGAAGGGGAAUAUUUUUUCCUUUGUUAUCUUGAGUCAACGCAAGAACAUUUUCAGGAAGAAGCAUACACAAUAAACUGGUACAAAGAAAGUGCUGGAAAGCAGCAACUGAUAAAGGAAACACACAGAAUUGUUUCACAAAUGAAUUUUCUGGAGUUUUGGCCAGCUGAACUCAGUGACUCUGGGAAUUACUCUGUCAUUCACAGCAAUGGAAAACAAAAUUUCACAAUUCAGAAGUGGACUUUGAAUGUACUUGGAAGAAAUAAAAGCAGCUGUUUCAAUGAAAAUCAUUUAACUACAGAAAUUAAAAGUGCUGGAAUUGGUCAUUCACUGAAAUGCAGUGAUUUGUCUGUCUAUGAAAAUGACAGCAUAACAUGGUACAAGGACUGUAAGAAUUAUGAGUAUGAAACCGAGAGGGAACUAAAUUUUAGAACCUUGACAGUACAGAACUCUGGGAUAUAUACCUGUAAAAUUUUAAUCAGUCAUGAAGGAAUGAUAUACUACAGCACAAAUACAAUUAAACUUGUAGUAGAAGAAGAUGCACCAGAGGCUUUCACUUUGGAGAUAGUUGGACAUCAUGAAGAAAUUGAAACAGAAAUAGGUAAAGAAGAGGUACUCAAUUGCACAGGUUUCUUUGGUUUUUAUAUGCAAGAAGAUGCCAGCCUCUACUGGUUAAUUAACCAAACGUUUCCAGAACAAUGCACAGGUAUCCCUGAGAAUGAACCUUCAGUAUGUGAAGAAGAACUCAAAAAACUACAGUUGGGAAACAAGUUCUAUAUGACAAGGCUACUACGGAUUAAAAAAGUAAGAGAUGAGGACAUGCAUAAUAAUUUCACCUGCAUGUUGCAAGCUGAUGAAAGCACACAAAUGAAAAUAGUAAAACUGAAGAAAGGGAAGACUCAAGACCUGCCUGUGCACAUAUUUACCACUGGAAUGGUCCUCACUCUGCUAUUUCCAUUUGUUGCUGUAGCUGUGGUGUUUGUGUUUGUGAUGUUUAGAGUCGACUUCAUUCUGUUUUACAGAAGUAUAUGCAGGAGAGAUGAUACUGCUGGAGAUGGAAAAGAAUAUGAUGCGUUUGUGUCUUACCUGAAAGACUGUGUUUCUCCUACUGAAGAAGAGAGAGAAUUUGCUUUGAAGAUAUUGCCCAUGAUAUUAGAAGAAAACUUUGGGUACAAGUUAUGUAUAUUUGAGAGGGAUGUAUUCGCUGGAGGAGCGUUUGUUGAUGAUAUCCAUUCAUUCAUUGAUAAAAGCAGAAGAUUAAUCAUUAUACUGAGCCAGAACUACAUUUCUGACAGAGCCAUAUACGAACUUGAGAGUGGACUGCAUAAAGCUCUAGUUGAAAGAAAAACUAAGAUCAUAUUAAUUGAAUAUAUGCCUAUAAGUGACUACAAUUUCUUGCCAGAAUCACUGUCACUUUUACCAUCAAAGAGGGUGGUGAAGUGGAAAAAAGAUAAAUCUCUUCCUGUGAAUUCCAGAUUUUGGAAGAACCUUCGGUACCUGAUGCCAGCAAAGCCUAUCAAGAUAAAGACCAGAGGGCACUAUAAUAAUCUUGUCUUAGGCUCAAAAGCUGCUCAACCCUGA